CAGAUAAUGAUGGGGUACAAAUUGGGCUGCCAGCCCCCUGGACGAGGUGGUUUGCCCUCUGCUUUGGAGCAGCAGAAGUGGGACUUGGUGACGGUUCUUGUCUUUCUGGGUUGCAGUGGGGUGCCUUGAUCUGCCAACAUGACGGACCAGCAGGCGGAGGCCAGGUCCUACCUGAGCGAGGAGAUGAUUGCAGAAUUCAAAGCUGCUUUUGACAUGUUUGACGCUGAUGGCGGCGGAGACAUCAGCACCAAGGAGUUGGGUACCGUCAUGAGGAUGCUGGGCCAGACGCCCACCAAGGAAGAGCUGGAUGCCAUCAUAGAGGAGGUGGACGAGGAUGGCAGCGGAACCAUUGACUUUGAAGAGUUCUUGGUCAUGAUGGUGCGCCAGAUGAAAGAGGAUGCCAAGGGAAAGUCCGAGGAGGAGCUGGCCGAAUGCUUCCGCAUUUUUGACAGGAAUGCCGAUGGCUACCUGGACGCUGAGGAGCUGGUGGAGAUCUUCCGGGCAUCCGGGGAGAGCGUCACUGAAGAGGAGAUUGAGGAACUCAUGAAGGACGGAGACAAAAACAACGACGGCCGGAUUGACUUUGAUGAGUUCCUCAAGAUGAUGGAGGGUGUGCAGUAAAGUGCCUUCGGAGACAUUCCUGCGAGUCCGGUGGUCAACACCAGCAGCCCAGACGGCCACCCCUUGCCUCGGCUCCAGCCGCCUCGCCUCGCCGUGCCACGCUCACGCGCACCCUUGCUCCUGUUCCAGCCUGCUCCACACAGCUCCAAGACUCCUUUUUGCGCAACUCUCUCCAUCUUCCAAACCCCUGAAAUUCUGUUUAUAAGAUUGACAUCUCAAUAAAGAGCAAAGGACUGGAAA